AUGCUCGGAGUUAUUCGCAAUUUCGGCAAGCUGGUAAUCGUUCUCAUCUUCUUGGCCGCCAGACAAUUGGUGCGCUGCCCGGACUAUCGCGAAAUGGUCCUUCGUCUGCAGCCGAGCUUUUGGCCUCUGCGGCUUUUGCCGUUGCCACCUCGGGCGGCACUGUUGCUGGCCGACUGUGUUGGCGACAAGGACAGGCACCGGGAACAUUUUCGAAUCUACCGGGUAAAUGUUACACUUUGGCCAUCUUAA